CUCAAACGCGCCAAUUAUUAUUAAUUGUGUUACAUUCAUGCCUGUCAAGGUACCUAAACCGAUUGCCAGAUAUCUCAGCGAGCAGGUGGCUUAUCGAAUAAAAAUUCUAGAAGCGGCUUUAAUUGAGAUUCAUGAUCUUGACAAUCGAAUGAAAAUGGAAUUACUAUCAUUGAAUUCUUUGGCAGAGUCGCAUGGUACCGAAAUCGAUGAGGUUCAAAUGAUACAUCAAUCUUUAAACAACGAAGAAUUAUUGAACCUUUCCAGGCAUAUAAAUAAUGAUGACAAUGAUGAAGAAUAUGAAGUGGUGAAUUUAAAUGAAAUUGAUGAUUAUGAAGCAUCAAUUAAUAUAAUAGACAAGGAAAUUAAAUCUAAUAAUUUUAGUUCUUCAUCCCUUCGUACGUCAAGCACGCAAAAUGCUACACUGGAUAAUAAUAAUAAUGGCAACCACUCUAAUGGUCAAAAAUUCAAUUAUCUCCCCGAUCUUAUCAAUGAUCAUCUAUUGAAUUCUAUCCCAAAACAGCAUAGAAUCAUGCCUUUUUUACCAGUGGAUAUAGAUAAUUCUUGAUAUAACUUGUCUUUGUAUAUACAUCGUUUGUCGGGAGCAUUUUUACUCUAUUAAUCUAUUUUAUAUCAUGAGUUGUAUAUUUAAUUUCAGCUUAAUUUCCCAAACCCCUUAAAACACAUUUAUGUACAUAAAUUUAUACAUAUAUAUAUUCGAUCGUUGAGUACGCAUUCAUUUUGUUAUCACUGUGGUGUGUUAUGUGCGUG